AUGGAAGAUUCAACAUCAACUUCCCAUCCCUCCACUGCACCACCCUUCACCACAAGUACCAAUGAAGGGCAUCAAGGACAUAUCGGAGACCAAUACGAAGUCCCUGCCUACGAACCACAUUCCUCCUUCACUGCAUUAAAACAACGUAUCCGACACCACUACGACCUGGCUUCUGAUUAUUAUUAUUCUCUGUGGGGUCAACACAUCCACCACGCCUAUUUCCUCGCACCCACCGAUACACAGGAGACAGGCCAAGUCAACCUGAUCAAUUUACUGCUCGACAUCUCGAAACUUGAACAAGGUAGGACCGUGUUAGACGUCGGUUGCGGCAUCGGCGGGACAACAAGGCAUUUAGCGCGCGAACAUGGAUGUUCUGUGACUGGCAUCACGAUCAGCGGACGCCAGGUGCAAAUUGCACGGCGGUUGACGAGGGAAGAAGCUUCCAAGCUCCACAUAUCUUCGUCUUCUCCGCCCUCGUUAACCAUGAACGCAGCCUUAUCCGCGAACACGGAGGGGGGUCCGGAUGUUGGUCCAAACGCAGACGUCGACGCAAAUGGCUUCACCCCGCUGGGCGUACGGGGUGGAAAAGUCCAAUACUUCGAACUUGAUGCCGAGAACAUGGAGGCACACUUUCCGGCGGGCGUAUUCGACUGUGUCUGGAUCUCCGAAGCAUUGAGCCACUUUCCUGACAAAGUGCUGUUUUUCCACAAUGCUGCCCGUGUUCUGCGUGAUGGAGGCGGGAAGUUAGUUAUUGCAGAUUGGUUCAAGAAUGAAAGGUUGACAGAGGAGGCGUUGGUUAGGGAUAUCCGGCCUAUUGAAGAUGGCAUGCUCCUUCCUCCACUCUGUACGCCGGCCGAAUACGUGUCCCUCGCCGAGGCUGCGGGGCUGAAAAUCCUGCAUGAGCCAAAGGAUAUCAGUCAAGAUGUGGCGAAGACUUGGUGA